AUAAUUAUAAUUAUCAUUCGUUAUCACAAGUUGUUCUCGAUAUAUAAAAACGGAACGAAAGCGAAAUCUUCGCUUUAACACAGUCUAACUUAAGCAGCAAAAUGAGGAAAGUUAUUUGCAUCUUGGCAUUGCUUUGUACAGUUUAUGCAUCGAAGCAAGAUGUGCUUGAUCCCUCGCGCAAUCUCGAGCGACUAGUGAACGUACAGAAAAUAGCCGCCGAAGUUAUACUAAAUAGCUUGACGUUAUUCGAGAACCAAACAAAAACGAAUUUAGAAAUAAAACUCGACGAAUUGAAACUCCAAGCUUUAACUGAAAUCUGGAUAUAUAUCAACGGAGCACAUACAAAUAUCAACGAAUUUAUCAAUAAAGCAAAGGAGGAGGGUAAAAACGUAGAAGAGUGUCAAGAUUACGCGAAAUAUAAUCUGGAGACGAAGAACGAAAAUGCGAAAAAUGAUGUGGAGACAUGCAUCAAAAACGGUAACACAGCGAUGGAAAAUCCAUUAGCAAAUGUGGCAAAUAGUAUUGAGGUAAUUAUUAUUAUUCUCAUGAAAUCACGUGCUUCAACUCAGUCCUGCGUCAUGAGGAAUCUUUACCUGACCCAAGCAACGCUGAAUCGUAUCAGUAGCAAUGCCAAUGGAGUGACAGCCACCGCGACAGUUGAAUAUACAAAAAUGAUUAUAAAUGUGAGAAGCUGCCUAACGAAAAUCACCGCUGACACCAACACUUUUACCUCAAAUGUCAUUCUCUCUACGAGUAAUUGCAUAAGAAAUGCAGUGGAGAAUCCUAAAUCGACAACUGCCGCCGAGUCUGUUGUUUAAUAUAAAAAACUUCAAAUUUCGUUAGAAAAAAAUGUAUAUUCAAUAUAAGCCUUCAAUUAAAUUCUUAAAAUAAUUGUUCACUUAAUGUUGUGUGUACUUCUCCUCUGUAAAUAAUAUCAUGUAAUAUAAUUACAGAUAUUAUUUAAACAAUCGUAACUAAUAUAUACCACAGAUAUAUUACAAAUAAAGUUAUUGUAUUAAAAGAUU